GGUUAGACACAAAUUCUCAAUAUUCUAUUUUCUUUUAGUCCAAAUACACAACUUAUUUAACCCAUAUUAUAAACAAACUAAUAUCAAUUUAUAAGAGAUCAUAUUCGCAUCAAGUCAUAAAAAUAUCAGGACCGGUUCUGGGAUUCAACAAAAAUGAUCCAGUAUAGAUUGGCAGGACUCUAAGAGACCACGAGGACAAGACACAAGGGACAUUGUAAUGUCUGCCUAUAAGCAGCGCAGCCCAAUAUAAGUUCAUCUCGGACUCUGCCUCAUCUUCUAAAUGUUACUCACACACGAGCCCGAUAUAAAGCCCAGCACAAAAUUCAAGCCCGCCCAUUUAGACCUUCCUCUCUUUCCUUCCCGCACCACCUCCAUUGUUGAAGCCACAGGUGCUUGGCAGCAGCCAUAGUCCUCUGGAAUGGCCGCACCGCCAUUCUCUGGAGCCCAUUUCGUCUCGGUCUCAACUACCUCUCUCACUCUCUCCUCCACCAUUUCGCAAUUUGAUUUCUCCCUCUAUCUCACACCACUCAUCUCCACGAUCUCUGCUAUGCAUUCCCCUCUCUGAUAUGUAUCACAGUCGUCUCGGCGUCCACCGCCUCAUCUACCGCAGCCGCAUGGUGCAGUAUAUAAAAACCGGCCUCAUCGAUCACGCCCUCCAGGUGUUCGACGAAAUGACUCAGUCAAAUUGCCGCGUGUUCAGCAUAGACUACAAUCGCUUCAUUGGAGUGCUGGUCAAGCACUCGCGUUACGACCUCGCCGAGCAUUAUUACUACGAAAUGGCGCCGCAAGGCUUCUCUCUAACCCCAUUCACUUACUCGAGAUUUAUUUCUGGGUUGUGUAAUAUCAAGAAUUUUACUCUCAUUGAGAAGCUUCUUCGAGACAUGGAGAGGCUCGGGUGUGUGCCUGACAUUUGGGCUUUUAAUAUAUAUUUGAAUCUUCUCUGCCAAGAAAAUAGGAUACAGUUGGCUCUGCAAGUGUUUGAUAGGAUGGUUGAGAAGGGGAGAGAGCCGGAUGUUGUAUCGUAUACUAUAGUUAUUGAUGGGUCCUGUAAAGCUGGAAAGUUUGAUAAUGCAGUUGAGGUUUGGAAUGGUAUGAUUAGUCAAGGGUUUAGGCCUGAUACUAUUGCGUGCACCGCGCUUGUUGUUGGCUUGUGUGCAGGUGGAAAGGUUGAUUUGGCUUAUGACCUUGUAAUUGGUGAGAUGAAGGGUGGAGUCAAGUUCAAUAAUUUGAUCUAUAAUGCGCUGAUUAGUGGGUUUUGUCGAGCUCGUAGAAUUGAUAAGGCACAGGCAAUUAAGUGGUUUAUGAAGAGGAAUGGGUGCCAGCCGGAUUUGGUGACUCACAAUGUGUUGUUGAAUUAUUGUUGUAAUGAGUUCAUGUUGGAGGAGGCAGACAAGUUGAUGAAACAAAUGGACAAGAGUGGGAUGGAACUCGAUGCCUAUAGUUAUAAUGGGUUGCUCAAGGGCCUUUGUAAAGAUAAUAGACCCGAAAAGGCAUAUUUGUUGAUGAGGAACGUGAUGGAGCCAAAAGGUUUGUGUAAUGUUGUUUCAUUUAAUACCAUCAUUACAGCAUUUUGCAAGGCAGGGCAGACUAGAAGGGCAUACAAACUGUUUGAGGAAAUGUUUCAAAAAGAUAUUUUACCUGAUGUGGUUACAUUUACCAUCCUGAUAGAAGCUUUAUUAAGAGAAGGUAGUUCAGAUAUAGCCAAGAAGCUUCUUGAUCAGAUGACAGGGAUGGAUCUGUUACCUGAUCGUAUAUUUUACACUACAAUAAUUGAUCACCUAUGUAAGAGUGGGAAGAUUGCAAUGGCUUUUGACGUUUUCAAUGAUAUGUUAGAGAAGCGAAUCACCGCUGAUGUGGUUUUGUAUAAUGCACUCAUUAGCGGGCUUUGCAGGGCUUCAAGAGUGACUGAAGCCAUGCAUUUAUAUGAGGAAAUGCAGACUAGAGGAUGCUGUCCUGAUGAGGUAACUUUCAAAGUGAUAAUUAGAGGUCUUAUAAGAGACAAGAGGCUUUCUGUGGCUUGUGGGGUAUGGGAUGAGAUGAUGGAGAAGGGCUUUACUCUGGACAGAGUUCUUUCCCAGACACUGAUUAAUGCUGUCCAUUCAAAAGAUGUUGCAUGAAAAUGGAAAAUGUUUCCAUAUUUUGGAGCAACUGGAUAGUUGGUGAUUUCAUCUCAACAAGCCUGUCUUGUUUCUACCUUGUUCCUCUUCCUGGCAAGUGCAGGAUGGAACCUUGGACAACCAGAUAAUUCGAAGAGCAUUAUGAUUACAUUGAUGCACCAUGGCGCUCCUUGAGGUAGUUCUAUGUAGAGGCAGCAGAUCUGUAUCAAGAAUAUUAGUGUGAGAAGACUAUUAAUCCAACUUGGGCAUGAAAUCUGAAUGUGGAUGUGGACAUACAUGGCUUGUUAUAUGGGAAAUGCAGGCAAUGCAAGCAGCAACUGCUAAAAUUUUUGGCCACCUCCUGCUGAAGAAAAGCAGAUGAAAGAAUACGAAGCUUUGUUUUCUGUAUAUUAACUAUAAUCCGGUUUGUUGCAGUUCUGGAGCCUUGAGGAGGGAAGAACAAUCAGGACAACAACCAGGGAACCAUUUUUGCAAUUAAUUGAUUACAAAUACAUCCAAGGAACCAUUUUUGCGAUUAAUUGAUUACAAAUAUAACUCACAGUACUGACGAGUUGCUUUUCAAAGACUCUUGAAUUCAAGUUCCAGCCAGUGGUUGCCCAUAGCCCAACUCUGAGCCACAGCAGAAUAUCUUCGGUUAUUGAGUUAAGAUGUUCUUUGCUCAGAGGUGAGUUGAAUGUUGAGUUUUUCGUCCAGAACUCGGAGGAGGCUAUAUAUCCAUUUCAUACACAGAGGAACAGAAUUAUGUCAAAGUUUUAGAUGAAUAUUGGGUACCAUUGCUCUCGGUCAGUAUUCAGAUUUUUGUUUCAAUUUUUCGUAGGAACAUUAGUCCUUACUGAUAGUAUGAACAUGGUAAACUGUCAUAGACGUUCAAGAAUACUAUGAAUUCAACUGAGAAUGAGCUCCUCUUGCUUCA